ACACACACACACAGAUGCACCCACACACCUGCACCCCAACCACAGCCCUUGCUUACUGAGUCAGCUCCACCGGCCAUGAGGCUGUCACUGCUGCUACUGCUGCCGCUGCUUGGGGCCUGGGCCAUCCCAGGGGGCCUUGGAGACAAGGCCUCACUCACUGCCACUGCCCCUGAGCUAGACGAUGAAGAGAAGUUCUCAACUCACAUGCCAACUCACCUGCGAUGUGAUGCCUGCAGGGCGGUGGCCUACCAGAUGUGGCAACAUCUGACAAAAGCUGAGGCCAAGCUUCUCCCACUGGACUCUGGGGGCCGUCAUGAGCUGAGCGAGUCAGUAUACACAGACGUCCUGGACCAGAGCUGCUCGCAGACCUGGCAGGGCUAUGGAGUUGGAGAAGUGGACCAGGUGAAACGUCUCAUGGGCCCGGGACUUAGCACAGGGGCACAGCCGAGCGUCAUGGUGGUGAUCAUGGACGGACUGUGGCCCACCAGGCUCUCCAAGACCUGCUUUCACUACCUGGGGGAGUUUGGAGAAGACCAGAUCUAUGAAGCCCACCAACAAGGUCGAGGGACCCUAGAGGCUCUGCUGUGUGGAGGCCCCCGGGGGGCCUGUUCGGAGAAGGCUCCAGACGCAAGAACAGAGCUCUAGUCCAACUCCUCCUUCCCAGUCAGCCCCUGAAGAGAGCUGGCCUCCUUCUUGAUCUGCCUCCCUCCUUUCUGCAGGCGGCCUGGAGGGCGGGUGCAGGGAGGCCUCGCUCCCUCCCUCCUCCAGCCUCAGGGGCCUGGAAUGUGGCCAGGGCCUUUCCCUCUGGACUCAAAUAAAACCAGUGACCUCGA